AUGGGCAGAGGUCAGCGGGUCGUCGAGCCUGGUUUUCAAUCGCAUGCCAUAAUUCAUGCAGGUGCUGGAGUUCAAGCCCUGACAAAAGAACACUUCAAAACUGUUCGAUUUUGGACAAGAACGACAUGGGUAGCAAUUGUAAGUCGAAAAAGAAGAGACGGACGGAAGAACAAAAGGUGUAGAAGUUCAGAAACAAAGAGUGAUAAGAAAGAGAGAGACUCCGAUAGGAAGCACAAAUCGCAUAAAUCUUCAAGUACUAAAGGUGUUUUCUCUGGAUCACCUUCAGAUCAUUGCACAGAUGAGUUGGAAAUGGACACUGAAGAUUUAGCAGUCCUCUUCUAUCCUGAUCAUAUGGUGUAUGGUGAUAGUUAUUGUACAAAUUGUGUUUUAACUUUCACCAGCACUUGCAUCAAAAUAGAGGGUUCAGGUUCAACUCUAGAUGGAGAUGACAAAAUCUUGAAAUUACAGUGGGAUGUUCAGGAUUUAGUUCAUAUCAAAUCUCAUUGGUAUGAGCUGGUUGAGAUGGCAAUGGUGACCAUUCAUGUACUUACUGAAGAUACAGUACAACCUGAAAAUGUCGAAUACACUUCAGGUGCUGAAUUGAAGUUUGCAAUCAUGGGGACUAACUGGUUUGGGAAACAAGAAGCAAUCACAACUUUAAAUGUUGCAUACAAAACUUUACGGAGCAGUAUGCUUGAGUUAGAGGACACUAUUCUUGGACAAAUCAAAGCACCUUUUACAAAGUAUUUUCCCAACUUUGACCAAACUUUUGAAGAAGUUCUAUAUCCAAAAUGGGAUGUUGAUGCUGUUUCCAUUAUUAAUAGAGACAUUGAUUUGCUGCUACCAGACACAUUUGUCAAUGACACUAUCAUUGACUUUUAUGUCAAAUACUUGAAGAACAAAAUCAGGCCUGAAGAGAGACAGAGGUUUCAUUUUUUCAAUAGUUUUUUCUUCCGGAAGCUAGCUGACCCAGAAAAAGAACCUUUAAAUGCCCUUGAAGGGAAAACAGCUUUUCAACGCGUAAUAAAGUGGACACGAAAAGUUAAUCUUUUUGAGAAAGAUUUUGUCUUUAUUCCUGUAAAUUACAAUCUUAUUGUGAUGUGUCAUCUUGGGGAAGUUGCGAAAUACAAGGAUGAAGAAGAUGUAACUGAGUUGAUUAAAGUUCCAUGUGUUCUGCAUAUGGAUCCUAUCAGAGGUAGUCAUACUGUCUUGAAAGGUCUUAUGCAAAGCUAUCUGAAAGAAGAAUGGAAAGGGAGGCAGCAGGAGGCAUCUGAAGAUAUAUCAUCAAGAUUCGAUAAUCUACGCUUUAUUUCACUUGAGUUACCACAGCAGCCGAAUUCAUUCGACUGUGGUUUAUUCUUGCUCCAUUAUGUAGAACAUUUCUUGGAGCAAGCCCCGAUUAAUUUUAAUCCAUUUAGAAUCACAAAAAGUGUCCACUUUCUAAAUACGGAUUGGUUUCCACCUGCUGAUGCAUCCUUGAAAAGGGUGGUUAUUCAGAGACUGGUGUACGAUCUCCUACAACAACCUUAUGAUGAAGCUGAAGCCUUUUACAAAGUAUUUUCCCAACCUGUUGAAGAAGUUAUAUAUCCAAAAGAGGAUGUUGAUGAUGUUUCCAUUAGUAAGAGAGACGUUGAUUUCCUGCUACCAAACACAUUUGUCAAUGACACCAUCAUUGACUUUUAUGUCAAAUACUUGAAGAAUAAAAUCAGCAAAAUGAAGCCACUUGAUUUAAAUCUUGCAGCAUUAUCAGCAAAAUGCAGUAAAGACUUGGAGUUGAAUUUGCUAUGUCAUUAUUGA